GAUGCACUAAUCACAUCACUUUCAUUUAAAUUAGCCUCAUUUUGAAGCUUUCAGCAAAACCAGAUCAUCUGAAGAUCUAAAGGUGUCAUUUUACGACCGCAGUAGCCUCCGCCGAGCUGCAUCACGUGACUGGUUGUCCUAGAAACGGGCCGCAGCAUCAGCAGCUGCGAAGGUCAUGAUGCCAGGGGCAUCAUGGAGGACGCAAGGGAAGUCAGGCAGGGUGGGGGUGUGCAAUCACAACCUCGAGCCCUAGCGACUCGCCCUACCCCCACCCAAUGAACUGCGCAUGCGCACAAUCCACUAACGUGAGCUGACCAACUAACCGUAUAAAGGGAUGCGUCCUGAAUAGGAGGCCUCGCGGAGUCAUGCAUUUCUGCACGCAAACGAUGGGAGGCGGAACGUCAGCGUGGCGUAGAGGCUUCUGAGUGGCUGGAAUCAAUAAUAACUAUUGCGUGUUACGUGCGGUCUCCCUCGCAGCCCCCCUUUGGACUGUGUUCGAGGCAGUGCUGCAAACUGUGACCGCUGCAGCCCGGGUUCCUCAGUCACGACAGGUAGGUGUGCCUUCAUCUACCUGCUGGAGCGGAUUUCGGACUCCCUUUAUUUACAAAAGCCAGAGGAAGGACACACGACCUCCCAGUUUGACCAGUUUGUCCGACGUUAACUGUCAGCGGUGAAGCCUCCACCUGAAGCUGCAUCCUCCUCAUCCUCCCUGCAUCCUGCAGAUUUGAAGUCUCAUAAAUCUCUCGAAGAUGGAAGAACAGAAUAAACAGGUAACAGGUUAUCUCCUGUUCUCGUUGGGCACGGCGGUCAUCGGCUCUCUGCAGUUCGGCUACAACACAGGAGUCAUCAACGCUCCGGAGCAGAAGCUUCGAUCUUUCUUCAACGACACCUGGAUGGAGCGCUACGGUGAGCCCAUCAGUCCGGGGAUCUGCACCAUCGUCUGGAGCUUUGCUGUGUCUGUCUUCAGCGUGGGCGGCAUGGUGGGCUCCUUCAGUGUGGGCGUCAUGGCCGACAGGUUUGGCAGACGACGCUCCAUGUUCCUGGUGAACGUUCUGGCCGUGAUCGGAGGCCUCCUCAUGGGCUUCUCCACCAUGUGCUCCUCCUAUGAGAUGGUGAUCGCCGGCCGCCUGGUCAUCGGCUUGUUCUGCGGUCUCUUUACGGGUCUGACUCCCAUGUAUGUGGGCGAGGUGUCACCCACACCGCUACGCGGGGCGUUCGGCACGCUGCACCAGCUGGGUGUGGUGGUGGGCAUCCUGAUCGCUCAGAUCUUCGGUUUGGAGGCUCUGUUGGGCUCUGACAAGCUGUGGCCGCUGCUGCUGGCCCUCACGGUGGCUCCUGCUGUGCUGCAGUGCAUACUGCUGCCUUUCUGCCCAGAGAGCCCCCGCUUCCUUCUGAUCAACCUGAAGCAAGAGGAGCAGGCAUGCAAAGCGCUGGUUCGUCUGCGCGGCACCGAGGACGUGAGCAAAGACCUGCAGGAGAUGAAGGAGGAGAGCGCCAAGAUGGCGCAGGAGAAGAAGGUGACCAUCGCCGAGCUGUUCCGCUCGGCGCUCUACAGGCAGCCGCUGCUCGUCGCCAUCAUGCUGCAGCUCUCCCAGCAGCUCUCCGGCAUCAACGCCGUGUUUUAUUACUCCACUGGAAUCUUUGCUUCAGCAGGAGUGCAGCAGCCCAUCUACGCCACCAUCGGCGCCGGCAUCGUCAACACCAUCUUCACCGUUGUUUCUCUCUUCCUGGUUGAAAAGGCGGGGCGGAGGACUCUACACCUCCUGGGAUUGGGUGGAAUGGCUGUCGCCGCUCUGCUCAUGACCAUCUCCCUCCUGCUGACUCACAUCCCAGCUAUGAGCUACGUGGCGAUUCUGGCCGUCAUGCUCUUUGUGGCCAUGUUUGAGAUGGGCCCCGGGCCAAUCCCGUGGUUCAUCGUGGCGGAGCUCUUCUCCCAGGGGCCUCGUCCUGCGGCCAUGGCGGUGGCCGGCUGCUGCAACUGGACCGCCAACUUCCUGGUUGGAAUGACCUUUCCAAAACUAGCGGAUUUGUGCGGGCCUUGGGUGUUCCUCAUCUUCUUCGCUUUCCUCAUCCUCUUCUUCAUCUUCACGUUCUUCAAAGUCCCCGAGACGAGGGGGAAGACGUUUGACGAGAUCGCCCGCGGCUUCAGCAGCGCUCCACCUCCCUCCGCCUCCUCGGCCGAGGACCCUCCCGUCACUCCCAGCACUGCCGUGACUCUUCCAGCCUCUCCGGAGAAGGAGAAAGUCCCUCUGGUGGCGGCCGCUAAGCCAGCCGCUCCCGCUCCGCCGGCCGAAACUACACCGCUCACGGAUAAACCCGUCGAUACGGGAGAGAACGUAGAGCAGGUGUAGAUGAGUUCCUCACAGGUGAGAGAGAUUAUAAAAGAAGGAAGAGUCAAAAACAAGAAUUCCCAACACUUCCCUCUUUUAAAAGUCUCUGAUACUCUGCACAUUCCGAAGGAUUCAUCCAGUCACGUCUCCUGUCAGGGUGACUCACUCUUCCGAAGCCGGGUUCAGUUCACGGUCCGGCUGAUCAGUUCAUCACUGCAGCUUAGAAACGGGGUCGACGAGAGCCGGGAUUUUAGGAAUUCUUUUGCAGGAGUUUCCAUUCGUUGAGUUGACGAGACAUCGCGGACGAUCCACGUUUUCACUAACAGGAAUACAAAACUUUGAAUGAUUCCUUUUUUUGGAGGUGUUUUAGAAUCUGCACUCAGCUUUUUACCCGCAGCACCUGGUGCAGAAGCGUCGCCUUGGAAACGGUUAAACUCCGCCUGCCGGAUUAACAGAUUACUCCACCUUGAAAGUUCUAAUAGUAAAUCUCACUUCUAACACCGUAAUCCACAAAUUUACCUUCAUUUACCUGGAAUUCAGCAUCACUUCUGGUGAUGAAUCAAUGAAUUAGUGAUCUCUUCUGAGUUUCUGAGCUGACACAAAUUCCUUUGUAAUGGAUUAUUAACAUUUCUCUACACAUAUACUAAUAUUUGAUCAGCUUCAAAAUGUCUUCGUUUCAAAAAUCUACUAAGAAAUCUUAGAAAAGUAUUAAAAUCUGGUCGAGUUUUCCGAUUUUUAGGACCAUUCGUAGCUUUACACAGAGACCAUAGUGAUGUAACACGUAGGUUAUAUUUUUGGUUAAAGAGAAGAUUAUUAUUAUAUUAGAAAUAUAUUUCAUGUAUAGUAAAGAGUUAUAAAGUAAAUUCAGACGUUUUAACGCCGUGCAGAUCGACCCAAAGGUGUAAAAGCCAGUCUGAUGGGACCUUUUUGUGCAAUUUAAGGUUUUAAUGACCCGAAUCAGCUUAAAACAGCUUGGAUAGUUUAUUCCAACUGCUUCGGCAGGUCGGAGCUGAUAUCUGCAGGUCUGCUGAGUGAUGUCAGAGCUCUCUUCUGACCAAGCUGUGAGCAAACCAGAUAAAAGUUGUAUAAAACGUGCAAUCAGAGCGGGAUCUGCAGCCAUGACGGGGGGAGGCGGCUAAACGUCCAGCAGCGAACACAGCAGGGUUGUUGUAAAUAAUCAGUUUGGUUUAGUGGUUUUAUUCAGAGAGGGGUUUGAAUAAAAAGACCAAUUCAGGUAUUAACUCUGAACCCUUCUCUAGUGUUUAUUUAUUUAUUUAUUUUUUUUUACAGUGUGGGGACUUGACCUUUACUUUUAAGCAUAAAUGAAACCUUCAGGUCUUUGUUUUUGUCAGAAAGCUGCAAAUCAGCUCAAAACUUCCUUUUUUAUUCUUUCAGACAAAAUUUAUUAUACAGGAAAAACAUUUAAAUGCUUUAAAUUCAGCUUCUAAUGUUAAAAAGUAUUUAUCAAGAGAAUAGAAUAAAAUUAUUGUAUGAAGAUAGAAAAGUAUGAAUUAUUUAGAAUUUUAUUUUCUACAGAUCUGGUUUAUUCUAUUUUUUUUUAAUUCAUUUGAUGUGUUUCAACCUGCUAUAAAUGAUUUAUAAAAACAUGCCAAAAAAUCAUAAUUAUAACAAGAAAAUAAAAUGAUGAAAUUUGACCUAUAAGAAAAUAAUUUAUAGCUUCUCCCUUAUUGGAUUUGUUUACUCUUAUUAAUAAAGUCCAAAUUCACUCAGCAUAUCAGUUUUAUUAUUCUGGGGUUGCAUUCUAAAUACAAGUACUUCAAUAAAUAUGAUUAAAUUUAUAAAUAUGUUCCAACCUGAGGGUUCUCCGUCUCUCCUGUCUGAUUUUCAGCUUUACUCGAUGCUGCCAGCGCAGUUACUAACGUAUAUGUGUGUGUGUGUGUGUGUGUGUGUGUGUAUGUGUGUAUGUGUGUGUGUGUGUGUGUGUGUGUGUGUGUGUGUGUGUGUGACACAGAUUAUAUUUUCUCUAAGCUGUAGUGAGGAUCGCUGUAGAUAAAGCUGCCCACAAAGCGCACAUUUAUUCAUUCCUCUACACUGUAAAAAAGGAAAAAGUUGAAUAUACUUAACCAGGUUAUGUCAACUGGCUCCACUAAGUUUAGCUGUUUAAUUAUGAAAAGUAAUAAAUAUUAGUUUUUGAAGGGCAGAUUCACUGAGAAACUGAGGGAAGAUGUCCAAAUGUCAGGAAAUAAAACUCCAACUCCUGCGCUCUUCCGCCACUUUCUUCUCCGGCUGAAUUCUGUCCUCAGACAGGCGCACCGGAGCUUUUCCCCACAGAACAACUUACAAGGCAUUCAUUCCUGCUAGAGACCACUGCAAGUGUAUUAAAAGUGUGAGCCUCUGACGUGUGUUCCCGUGUUUGUGGAUGAUGGUGUUGUGUUUGUACUCAGGGAGGUUUGCCCCCUCUUUGAUCAUGUUUGACGUUGUUGUAUUCGUCGAUCGGCUGCUUCUGUCUGUGGUUUCUCACGCGCUGCUCCUUGUUGUUUUGCACUAGUUCCUGUGUCACCUAUGCAUUUCUGCAACACACCUGUCAGAAAUGCCUUUUUUGUGAUCUCACAAAGCCAGAUACCUCUGAGAAAGGUGCUUGUUGUUGGUUUAAGAAGGUCAUGAAAGAACAUUUAGAUUUGAUGCGGUUAGAGAUGUUUGAAAGGAUCCUUAAAGACAAAGAGUUUUUGGUUUCUUCCUGAUAAUAAAGCCAAAUCUAUCAUUUCCUGAACUUGGUAAAACUGCCUCGUUGCUAGAGAUUCAAGGAUAGCUGAAUUUUCCCUAUCCAGCGUUCCUUCUGGUUAUGUUGAGAUUACGUUUGUUAAUCCAGAAUUGAGGAAAAGCAUCUAGAAGAUCCUGGAAGUAAAAAAUAAUUCACUUGUAAAAAUGUCACUUUGGAAAGCAUUCUAGUGAUGUGUUUGUUUUUCUUUUGAUGCACACUUCCAUUUUAUUUCUCUUUAAAUAAUCAUUUAACCACAAAGCGUGUUGUUUGUUUUUAGGUCACUGCACUCUAAAAGUAAACUGUUGAAUUUACUCAAAUAAGUUGUGUUAACUUGUCCCACUAAACCUAGUAGCUAAAAUGUAAAGACUAAUGUACAUUUACUUUAAACAUGAAAACACGUAGCAGCGUUUUAUUACUCUUAUGAACUAAAUUUAACAUUUCUUUUUUAGAGUGUAGAUUCAACCCCGUUUCUGUCAGGAUUGAGUUUUGACAGCGAAAAAUUAGCAGUUUUUUUUAAUCCUAAAAUAAAUGUGUUCCUUCAUUUCUAAAAGGUGUCAUUAUGAUUGGUUAGAAAGUCACAGACGCUUAUUAAAACUGUAUUUUAUUGGUUCUGUGGUACUGGAUAUUUGCAUAUUUCACAGCAAAUGUCCAAACUACCGUGUGUUCAAUGAGUGGCUCCGAGUUGAUUCUUACAGAUUUGAUUGCAACUCAGCAGAAUCAUUGCUGCGAUCUUAAUUCUGUGUGUUUCUGGCCCUGACUACUGUGUUUUUGUGUAAAUAUUCAUGUAAUGUGAGUUUUUGGUGGCUUUCUGUGCUUCCAGUGUGUUUGGACCGUUAUAUGGUGUCUGAUUUGAUAUGAGAUGUUUCAGGAAUCACUCCUUUCUUCAGCGGCUCCUAAACUCAACCCAAACAGCAACUUCAGGAUUUUAACAUGAAUCCAUCCACGUGGAGAGCUGCACAGUUUAUUCGUUUUAAAUACUUGAUGCACAGAAAGAACAGCGACAGGAGUAAUACUCGACACAUUAAAGCCAACAUCUGGCGGCUCGGUGAUCGUGCAGCAGGUGAUUUAGUGCGAAUAUUUAAGCUUUUAAACAUUCCUGUCACCAGUGAAGCAGUCCAGCUGGUUUCUUUGUCCCGUCUUACUAGAAAUGUAAAGUUGUUCAAUAAAAAUGGGAUUAAAAGUUU